AUUUUGUUUUCAAUUACUGGUACUCAAUAUACUAUAUAUAGAGAGAUCAGUGCCAGUGGUGCAGCACAUCCAACAGCAUCUACAUCCACACUGCUUCAACACAUUCAGCAUCAUGCUGCCUUUCCUGAAGCUUACUCUACUCACCUUACUUAUUGCAGCACCUGGCUUGCUUGUCUCUGGAGAGAGUGUGAUUACAUGCGAUGGUGAUGUCCAUCGCCUCACUUGUGACACUGGACUGAUAAUGGUGAAGUCUACUCUGUACGGCCGUACGGAUAGUACCAUCUGCAAAACUCCACAUCCUCCAAAUCUUCAGAUUACUGGCACUAGCUGUUCCUCUCCUAUUUCAGAUAUUUCUGAAAGAUGCAAUGGACUAACAGAGUGUGAGGUGAAUACGGAUGUGCUUGACUCCCCUGACCCAUGUAAAGGAACCUACAAAUACUACCAGACCACUUACGAGUGCAUCAGUGGCCGGGUUGUUGCGGUCUGUGAAAAUAGCUACCGCACACUGGACUGUGGAGAUGAUUCUAUUCAAAUCAUAAAUGCGAACUACGGGCGUGCUGAUUCUGUAACCUGUUCACAUGAAGUCCCUACUGGUUUGACCCUCAAAAACAACUGCUACGCUCCUAACACACUGAGUCUCCCACAUGUGGCUCAACUGUGCAAUGGACAUCAGAGUUGCACUGUAGAAGCUUCAUCCACCAUCUUUACAGAUCCUUGUCAAAAAACUGUUAAAUACCUCACCGUGUCCUACACGUGUAAUCCAUCUCCUAGGGAUGUUGUGACCUGUGAAGGCGGUACUGCUAAGCUGACAUGUGGUGCUGGCAAGAUAAAGAUCAACAGUGCUAAAUACGGCCGAAGCGAUACCACCACAUGUUCUUCAGGCCAAUCUGAAAAUGAGCUCUCCAACACACAUUGCGACAUGUCUUGUGCCCUAAAUAUAGUUGCAGCUAGAUGUAAUGGACAGAGUAGCUGUGAGGUGCCUGCUACGAAUGAUUUCUUCUCUGACCCCUGCUCUGAAAUCUAUAAGUACCUGAAAAUAGGGUACUCCUGUGUCUAACUGUAUACCUAGAGGGACUGCAGCUUUCUCCCCAGCGGCCUCUCUUCAGUCUGAAAAGGAAUCAGCUUUAAAUAUGCAACCAGGCACAUGAUAACGUGCAGGAGUCUUGGUGGUGGUAUACUUAACCUUUGCAUGUUAUAUAAUAAACUGAUCUAAUGAUUUUAUUCUUGAAACUUUAAUCCACUUUACUAAUGAUUGUGGAAUAAACUAUCCUCUCAGUGCAAGCAUAA